AGUAGAAAAUAUACGUAUUAAGUAUUUAUUGUAGUAUUAAUUUCUUAAGUUUAUAACCAUUAAAGUAUAACAACUGUGCAAAAAGAAUUCCGGUUUUUCCUAUUCCAUAUUUCCACUAAUUGAGUAAUGCAACUUGGAAAAACUGGUAUAGAGAAGUAGGAAGAUAAUGGCAUUGAUCUUGAAUAAACUGCAGUUUGCUGCGUCAAUUAUUAGACCCAGCUUAACUUCGAGAGUUAUACCGGUGAAAUGUAUGCAUCCUACAAUUACGAAAUUGAACGAAGUAGAGCAGUCUGAUCAACUCGCCCUACAGCGAGCUCCUAUUUCGAAGGAUAGGACCACAAUAAUACCUGUGGAAGUCAGUAUAAGAUACCUGAAGAGUAGAGCUUAUAGGGAAACGUACGGUGAUGAUCCUGUUUGGAAGAUUUAUAGACGAAAUUUCAAAGGUCAAUUUCCACCAAAAAAAACACGGAAACUGUGCAUUAGGGGCGGUGUAAUAGAUACUGGCAGUCCGUGUCCAAUAUGCAGAGACGAAUAUUUAAUCCUUGAUUACCGUAAUAUUGAUUUGUUAAAACAGUUUAUCUCCGAACAUGAUGGGUCACUCUUAAGUUAUAAUUACACUAAUUUAUGUCAAAAAGCUUAUAAAGAUUUACGUGUUGCGGUAAUGAAAGCAAAGGAAUAUGGGUUGCUUACGUUUGAUGUCCCGUAUAUAUAUUAUGAUUAUACGAUAUGGAAUCAUUAAUACUUUAAUUUUCGAAUUGUAUUGAGAGGUUGAAGUAAUAAAUCAUUUGAAAUGGAUAAAAAAGAA